CAUUGAAUGAGUCUGAAAAUAGUUCUCAUCCGGGGCACAGGGCAUCUGUCAAAAUGGCUUCUACAGGCGUAAACACAAGCACGAGACGACGUGUAUAUGUUGUCGGUGUUGGAAUGACAAAGUUUGAAAAGCCAGGCAGGAGAGAUGAUUUUGAUUAUCCACAGAUGGCAAAAGAAGCAGCAACAAAAGCAAUGCAGGAUGCAGGAGUGAGCUUUGAACAGAUAGAACAAGCAUGUGUUGGUUACGUUUAUGGUGAUUCUACUUGUGGACAAAGAGCUGUAUAUGAACUAGGACUCACAGGAAUUCCAGUAUUCAAUGUGAACAACAACUGUGCUACAGGAUCCACUGCUCUCAUUAUGGCAAAACAGUUUAUUGAAGGAGGUUUGGCAAAUUGUGUUUUGGCAUUGGGGUUUGAAAAGAUGAGCAGAGGUUCUUUGAAAUCUAUUUACCAAGAUCGUACAAAUCCAAUGGAGAAGCAUGCAAUGGUUGUUGCAAACACAUUUGGUAUAGAAAAGGCUCCAUUGGCUGCUCAAAUGUUUGGAAAUGCUGGCAGGGAACAUAUGGAAAAAUAUGGUACUCAGCCAAUUCAUUUUGCCAAAAUUGCUCAUAAAAACCACAAGCAUUCAACAAAUAACCCUUAUUCACAGUUUCAAGAUGAAUACACCCUAGAACAAAUUAUGAAUUCUCCAAAGAUUCACGAUCCACUUACAAAGCUCCAGUGUUGUCCAACAAGUGAUGGUUCUGGUGCUGCUAUUCUUGCAAGUGAAGAAUUUGUCAGAAGUCAUGGACUAGAAAACCAAGCUGUAGAAAUAGUAGCAAUGGAAAUGGCUACUGAUUUACCAAGUGCUUUCAAUGAUAAUAGUUGUAUGAAGGCUGUUGGAUAUGAUAUGACAGCAAAAGCUGCAGACAGAGCAUUCAAAAAUGCAGGUUUGAGUAGAGAUGAUGUGAAUGUGGUGGAACUGCAUGAUUGUUUCUCCUGUAAUGAACUCAUCACUUAUGAAGCUCUCGGGUUGUGUCCUCCAGGUAAAGGUCCAGAAUUGGUAGACUCGGGUAACAAUACAUAUGGUGGGAAAUAUGUAAUCAAUCCAAGUGGUGGACUCAUUUCUAAAGGUCAUCCUCUUGGUGCUACAGGUCUUGCUCAGUGUGCUGAACUGUGUUGGCAGCUUAGAGGCAUGGCUGACAAAAGACAAGUAUCAAAUGCAAAGGUUGCUCUCCAACACAAUAUAGGAUUGGGAGGUGCAGCAGUUGUAGCAUUAUAUAAAAAAGGAUUCCCUAAGCAGAGUCAAAUCCAAGCAUUUGCCACCAGUGCUUCUACAGAAGACAAAUUCCAGUCAGCAGCAAUUUUCAAAGAAAUCAAAAGCAACCUUGACAAGGAUGGAGCUGCAUGGGUGAAAAAGAUGAAAGGAAUUUUCUGUUUUAAAGUGAAGUCAAAUGAUGGAACAGAAGGUGUCUGGGUUGUUGAUGCAAAGAAUGGCAGUGGAUCAGUUAAAUUUGGUGUUGAACCCAAAGGUGACGUGACAAUUAUAAUGAAAGAUGAUGAUAUGCUAAACUUAAUGUUGGGAAAACUUAAUCCUCAGCAGGCUUUUUUCCAAGGCAAACUAAAGAUUCAAGGGAACAUGGGACUUGCAAUGAAGCUGAGAGAAUUCCAGUCAGCAGCUGGAAAAUCUAAACUUUAAUGAGACUUACAUAGUAAACUUGAAAAAUGUAUCAAUAGACUUAAGCAUUCUAAAUGUAAACUUUAAAUGAAAAAUUGAUUUUGAAGGUUUAAAAAAAAAUUACUAAUGAUAGUAUCAUUAAAUGUAUGUGAUCUGUCACACAUUUAAUAGAUGAAAAUACAAAGAAAGAAAUAACAGUCUGUACUAUUUAUCUGAAAUGACUAAAGAAAAAAUAUAUGAUUAUUAGAGUAAUGGCAAAAUAGCAACACUAUUUAAUAUUCCUUGAUAUGACACUACCAUAAUCAUUUUUAUACACCAACAGAUUUAUAAUCUCUAAAGAGAGAACAAAUAGAUUUAUCUUUUGCCUACACUUAUAAUUAAAGUUAAUGUUGUACUCUAUAUAUGUUUAAUAGUAUGUAAUUAUCAUCAUGAGCAAAGUAGCUAAUGAGGAACAUUAUGUGAAAACAAAAUUAAUAAUGUAUGUACGAUGUGAAGUGAUACUGACAUUUUUAUAUGAUUAUUUAUUUAUACAGAUAAUUGAUUUUUACAAAAGUUAUUUAGCAUCAUUUUUGUGAUUUUGAAAUGUUUUUAAUUUGUGUUUUGUAAUAUUGCUAGAAUGACAUGAUUGUUUUGAAUGAAGAUUGAUAUAAGUAUUUAUAUAAAAAUGAGAUAAAAUUAUAAAUAACAA